AUGGAGGACCAGGGCUUCGACUUCGCCGACCCCGACUGGGUCCCGGAGAAGUCCGACGAGGUUCAGGAGACGCAGCGCGAGUCGCGCACACUGCCUAAGUCGUUGAAGUGGAACUUGCACCGCUACGCAUUGGUCUCGCGGUUCGUCAGCCACCAGACGGGCAAGGGCAAGAUCGCGCGGUACAACAUGAUGACGGUCAUCGGGAAUGGCGACGGCAUUGUGGGCUUCGGGCAGGGCACGCACGAGGAGUCGAGCAAGGCGCUGAAGAUGGCCGAGCUGCAGGCGAUCAAGAACUUGGACUACGUCGACCGGUUCGAGAAGCGGACGAUUUGGUCCGACCUGGAGACGAAGUUGGGUGCGACGAGGGUGAAGAUGCGCCCACGUCCGCUGGGCUUCGGGCUCAUGUGCAACCCGAACGUGCACCAGGUUCUUAAAGCCGCCGGCAUUAAGGACAUUUCUGCGAAGGUCUGGGGCAGUCGCAACAAGAUUCAGGUUAUCAAGGCGACCCUUCGCAUGAUUCAGUCCGGACACGCACCCAUUGGCAUGGGCGACGGUAUCGGCGGCAAGGGCCUGACGGGUAUGAAGGGCAUGGGCCUCAUCAGCAAGCAGGACGUAGAGAGGGAGAGGGGGCGCAAGCUCAUUCAUCUCCAAAAGUCAUAG